UUUCGACUACAACUCACUUACUGAAUUUCAAUGGCUUACCAGUUUACUGAGAUAGAUAAAUUGAGGGAAACGCUGUGCGAGAGUCUGGAAACGGUUGACAGAUGCCAGGAGGACAUCAACAGCCAGGAUGUGUUGACGCGCAUCGAGAAAGUUAUUGAGAGGAUUGUCAUCGGUGUAUCUAAAGGUGAAGCACCUGUGCUGAGACUUAUAAAUAGAUCCUGCUGGAACAAUGUCAGAUUUCAAAAGUCUGUUGGUUUGGUGCUGAAAGACGAUGUCUCUCCAAAGUAUCUUCAUUGUGGCAAACCUACAUCAGCCACCAAGUUUGCCCUGAUUUUGAAGAUCUUGUCUAUUAUUUACAAACUUGUACAAAGUGACUCCUAUGCAACUAAAAGAGACAUAUACUAUAAUGACCCACAGCUGUUUGGGUCGCAGAGGAUGUUGGAUUCCGUCGUGGAUGACAUUUCAUGCAUGCUCAAGGUUCCUCGCAGGAGUCUGCAUAUUCUUGCAACAUCGAAAGGCUUCAUCUCGGGUGAUCUGUGUUAUUUGGAGGAAGACGGCACAAAAGUGGACUGCAGUUCCAGCUCUAUAGCUGUGUCGGUGUCUUCCAACGUUAAUGGAAUCAGAAACAUUGUAUCAUCUGCAAAAUUCAUUCUGAUAGUGGAGAAAGACGCAACUUUCCAGAGGCUACUGGACGAUGACUUUUGCGCCAGACUUUCUCCCUGCAUCAUCAUAACUGGUAAAGGAGUGCCAGAUGUCAACAGCAGACUGAUGGUGAGGAAACUGUGGGACACGCUUCACGUGCCUGUCUUUGCUCUGGUGGAUGCAGACCCUCACGGCAUCGAGAUUAUGUGCAUCUACAAGUAUGGCUCAGUGUCAAUGGCCUUCGAGGCCCACAGUCUGACUGUCCCCAGUGUGCUGUGGUUGGGCCUCCUGCCUUCAGACAUCCAGAGGUACAGAGUGCCAGAGGAAGCUCUUAUUCCAUUUGCUAAAGCAGAUGAGAGAAAAAUCAGCAGUUUGAGGAGCAGAAGCUACAUCACCUUUCAGCCCACAUGGGAGAGAGAGGUUGAAACAAUGCUCAAUCUGAAGCGGAAAGCGGAGAUUCAGUGUCUUGCGUCCAUUGCUCCUCUUUUCCUCACGCGUGUUUACCUGCCAAAUAAACUCCGCUAUGGAGGCUGGAUAUGAGCAUCUGCUGCCCUCUGCUGGAAC